AUGGAUCGAUGUAACAGGACUGGACAACAAUUAGCAAAUCUAAAUCUGUUUGAUACAGAAACGAAUGAUGAACAUGUAAAACGUAAUCAAAUUCUUUCAACAAGAGUUUAUAUUUUUUUACUACUUUUAUCUUUAUUCUUGCAUACUUUAUAUCUAUCAUUGACGUCGCAAUCCAUUCUGAUGGCGAUUAAUAAGCCAAAAAUCAAAGAAUACCAAAAAUUACAAGAGAAAUAUUCCGAUAGUUUACAGUGCCCAUGUGAACGUAUCGCGAUUUCAUACGAAGAAUUUAUUAAUUCAACUGUUCGUUUUCAUGAAAUUUGUACAUCGGAUUUUGUUAGCCAAAGAUGGAUUGAUUAUCUCUUCUUUGAAAACAUAAGUUACUUACAUCGACUGGAUUUUCGUCGAAGUGCACCUGCAAAAUUUCAACUACUUCGAACAUUAUGUCAACAAGCAGAAAUCAUAGUUGAAGAUCAUCUCGAAGAGUUGUAUUCAAAAAAAUUGAUAACAAAUAAUUUAAUUUCAAGUGAUUCAUUUAAUCUACAGGUCGAUGCAUUUAUAGACGUAUACAAACGGAAUGUAGUUCCUUCACUGGGUGAUACCUCCGAAUUAAUUCGAAUGAUUAUAAUUAAUAAUGGGCUAAGUUCAGCAAUAGAAACGCUAUAUAACUGGCAAUAUGAGUUCAUAGGUUCCAUUUUCCAUCCUGAAUUGGCAAAUACGAAUAAAAAAUUCGAAUGUUAUAGCUCUAAAGGCACGACACAUCUACUACCGGAGGGUAUCUAUGCAAAUAUCACCCACCCACCCUAUAACAAUGCAAUUACGCCAAUUUUUCGUGUGCCGGGAAUGAAUGUAGGUUGUAAGCCAGUUGAAUCGUUAAUGGAAUCAACCAAUGAAUGUUUAUUUCUUCAACAAUGUCUCGAUCUAGUCAUACCUUAUAUGUAUCACUCUUCACUAAAAAAUAGCUCCUUUACAAUCUUAUAUCAAUCUUUAUCAACAUGGAAUGCAACCAUUAAAAAGUUAACUGAAGGUUCAUUUAUUGAGCAUUGGAUAGUAAAGAAAUCUUACGAAAAAUAUUUUACAUCAUGUCAACCAGUUUUUUGCCAAUAUACAGUUGUUCGAAAACGUUCUUUAACCGAAAUUUCAGUUGCUCUUAUUACUUUAUAUGGUGGACUCGAAGCUGUUUUAAGACUAAUUAUAUUACAUGCUAUAACAUUUAUUCGAAGAAAAAAACGACAACAACCAGCAGAUGCAAAUACUACUCGAAUCAUAUUUACAGUUUAUACAGCAACAGAAUAUCAACCACAAACAAGACAAUUUCCCAAUCCAAAACAAGCCGAUUUCGAACGGUUGAAAAAUAUGUCACUGAAUGGCUUUCAUUGCUCAUGUAGUAAAAUUACUAUCAAGCAUUCAGCGUUCAUUAGUUUCAAUCCAAUAUAUCAUCAAAUAUGUUCAAGUGUCUUCGCAUCCAAUUUGUGGAACAAUUACGAGGGUAUAUGGAUACUCGAUUUCGCGUCCUUCAUUAUAGAUUUUCGUACUAGCUCAGGUCGUUUUUUUUCAUUUUUAUUUUCACUUUGCCAAUCAAGCAAAAGAACAGUUGAAAAUAAUCUACAACGAUUCAGUUUAACAGAAUUGGUUACAUCUGACGUUAUGGACGAAGAUCAGUUUGACCACAACAUGAUUUCAUUAAUUAGAUCAUUUAUUAUUCAAACACAACAAACUUUUCAAGAACAGACAAGUUUAAUUGAAAAUGUCAUUUCAGGUAAUAAAAUUCUUGUAGGUCUUGGACAGCAAUAUUAUUCCGAGUAUGAUACGUCAAACAGCAAAAAGAGUUUUUUUCCCAGAAACAACACAGGUUGUUUUUGUGCAACUCGUUUGGCAUGUCAAGUCCAAGUUAACUUCGAAGAUCGAGAUGAACCAUCGAUACCUCUACUUGGUAUAUAUGAUGGCUGCUAUAUUUUCGAUUCUUUUCUCCAAUCAACUGGUGAGUGUUUUUAUAGUGAAGCAUGUAUAAUUUUAAUCAAAUCGCGAUUACGCCACGAGUUUGAAUUAUAUGACCGUGUGGAGCCUUUGCAAUAUGAUGAAACAAGUCAAUAUAGGAUAAAUGACACAUUUGAAAAACUUGUUAUGAACCUUUUUAUUGAAAAAUGGAAUGAAAAGUAUUCCUAUAGAUCAUAUUAUAGUCAAUGUAAUCCAUCGCAUUGUUCGUACACCAUUCAACAACGACUUAGUCUUAUACCUAUUUUAACAACAGUGAUUAGUUUCUACGGUGGAUUGAAACUUAUUUUGAGGAUUUUAGUGCCAAAUCUUAUCAUACUAAUUCGAUCGAAAGCAAGACAACAACCAGGUAAAAAUUUUCGGUUUAUUGUUUCCGAUUGCGAAAAGAAUUUGCUAACUGAUCUUCCAUUUUUAGCCAUUUCAAUAUUCAAUCGAAUUCAUCAAUCGAUACAGUUAUUAAAAACAAAAAUAAUUCAUUUGAAUUUCUUUCGAAAUCAAUCGACUAACCAAGAAAAAAUUCGGCAACAACUUUUCAGUACAAGAUUAUAUAUUAUUGUGUUCAUCAUUGCUCUCAUUAUCCUUGUUUUAUACACUUCAGUGAAAAACAAAAAUCAUGUCAUAUCUAUUAAAAUAAAAGAUCUGGAUCAUUAUGAACGAUUACAAAAACAAUAUCCAAGUACUUUAUCUUGCCCAUGUACUAGAAUUGCAAUUGAACACAAACAAUUCAUUCAACUUCAUCCAAAAUUUCAUCCUGUGUGUUCAUCAGAUUUUGUUAAUCAGCUGUGGUUUAACUUUUUACAUCUUGACGAUGAUGUAAGGGAUCAUCAUCCUCGAUCAAUUGCAACAUCUCAGUUUCAAAGUCUCUCAUAUCUAUGUAAUUUGACAAAAGAAACCGUUGAUAAUCGCCUGAUCGAGUUUCACUCAGGAAAAAUCAUCACCAAUCAAAUAAUGCCACGUGAAUUAUUUAAGAAUGAAAUUCGCUCAAUAGCUGAUUCACUUAAAAAAUCAACACCUCGAACAUUCAAACGAACAUUAGAUAUGACUCGUGAAAUUAUCCAUGGCAAUUUUUUCAUGACAGUUUUACAAACAAAUUGGAAGUUUGUAGUUUUUGAAACAGAUGGGCAUUCUCCACUUUUUACUAAACCAGUCACAUAUAGAAAUGGUUCAUGUGCUUGUGGAAAAUCGUCGAAAUGUACAGAAUCAUAUGGAAAUAACGGUUUAUUAGUUGGUUGUUACCCACUAGACUCUUUGUUACAAUCAUCAUUAAAAUGCUUCUAUAAUCGAACAUGUCUAGAAUCAAUCCAGGAAGCUUUUAGACCCGGGUCUGAUAAAAACAUUUUUGAAGUUCUUUCGACGGACAAUCGAUCUUCGACGGAUGAAACUGUUCAAGAAAUGGUUGAUCGUUUAUUUGUUAAUGAGUGGACUAUUAAUGACUCAUGCAUAGGGAAGAAAGUUUGUUUGUUUAUUGGCUUCGUGUUCAAUGCUUGUAAUAGCUAUCGUCGUCAAGCGUCAUUGACAGUUCCAUUGACGCAUCGGAAUGUUGACAUGUACUUUGUUGCAGAUAAAAACAACAAACAUUAUCGACAAAUUCGAGGUGGAGCAAUGGGUUCAGCAUUUACACAACUACAUCACAGCAUUUAUGAAAGAUACAUUGAUGAUAUAUUCAUGACCACAGAUCAAAGUAUUGAAGAGAUCAAUAUUGAGCUAGAGAAGGCAAACAACAAAGGCAUUAACAUCAAACUUUCAACAUGCAUCAAUACGUCAGUUCAUUUUCUGGAUGUUACAGUUAGCAAUGAAAGUGGACAGUUACGCACAGUCAUAUAUCAUAAACCAACAACGGAGCCAUAUGUUUUACCGUAUACAUCUGAUCAUCCGCGCCACGACUAUCGUAACAUUCCAUAUGCAGCAUUGUUACGUGCUGCUCGUAUUUGUUCAAACGUUGAAGAUUUCCACUCGGAAUGUAUAGGAAUAGAUGUGUCAUUAUUAUUAAACAAAUAUGCGCCAGGUUUUAUUACUGAACAAUUUCAGCGUUUCUUUCAAUUGAGCAAAGAUGCUUACCAACGUCUACAUAAAAUAUUCUUAUAUCAAUCAACACGUCGUGAGAAUAAACUAAACAUCAUGAUGUACAAUCCCCUUGAAAAUCCAUUAGUAUUACAAUCAAAACUGCGGAACAAGGAAGUGAUGUAUAUACGAUACUUGUUUGACUCCAACAUUACCAACGGUUUACUCAAGUCAAUUCUACAAUUGGUGGAAACGUUACUGUGCCUUUCCGAAUUCACCACUUGA